AUGCCGAAAUUAUUUUGGGACCUACUCGUUUUAACAUUGAUAAUGAUAGCGUCAUGUCUCGACGCUAGAACUGAGGACAAUGUCACAACGACAAUGGAGCCGAUUACAUCGAUGGCAACAUCGAUGGCUACAAUUAUAAGGACGACGAUCGCCGAAGAAAAUGCAUCGUUGCCAUCGGCAACUAUGACAACGCAAGACAAUGGCAUCCCAAAAAAUCUAUCCCACGCAUUACCAUCACCGUCAUCGACCCCGUCCCCGUCAUCUUCCUCUGACACUGUGUGGGAAUGUCCGAAUAUCACAAAAGCAGGCGUGGAGUGUUCUUGUGACUUUCCACAUACGCUCAGAUGUGCCGGUGAUAGAACUGCACUGCAUACCAUCAGCGAGCAUUUGAAACAUAGUCAACCGGACACAAUAUCAUUGCUGGAUGUGACUGUGACAGGAAUUUCUGAAUUGCCGGCACGUUUCCUCGAAGACGUCGCACUUCAUGGAUUAGUUGUCUCCACCGGAGAGUUGCGAUAUGUUCAUGAUAAUGCAUUUACAGCUCUGGCGCGACCAUUACAAGCGCUAGGAUUGCCCAGCAAUCUUCUAGCUUCAGUUCCCACAAUCGCACUAUCACAUCUAGUCGGUCUGGACCGAUUGGAUCUAUCCCAUAAUAGAUUAAAGACAUUAGAAGCAGACUCAUUCAAGGGACUGUCAAAUUUGACUUAUUUAGACUUGUGUGAUAAUCUGCUAUCACAAUUGUCGCCGCAGGUUUUUUUAACAUUGCCAGCAUUACGUUCGCUAAGAAUGGGUGGAAAUCGUCUGAGUGUUUCCGCCUUGUCUGCGUUGAGAGGUCUGAAACGCUUGGAAGAGCUAGAUCUUUCGAACAAUUUACUGCUGGGUCCGAUGGGUCCCAAUCUAUUGCCACAAAUGCCCAAACUACAUUUCCUUACAGUCUCAGAAAACAAUCUCGUCAAUGUCCAGCAGGGAGCUCUGAUGGGUCUUCGAAAUCUUACUUACCUCAGUUUGAGUCACAAUCAAAUUGAUGUGCUAGAAGAUCAUUCAUUUAAAUACCUAUCGACUUUAACACGAUUAGACCUGGCAAACAAUCGUAUCGUCGCUGUGUCCAGUGCUUCCUUGGCUCAUCUAGAAAAAUUAAUUUAUUUAGAUUUAACGCACAAUUUUCUGCGUGCAUUAACGGCCGAUCUGGUAGUGCCAUUGAAAAGUUUACAGGACCUACGAUUGGAUGAUAAUGACAUCACAAUUGUAGCUAACGAUGUGCUAACAUCAAAGCUGCGCCUCAAGAGGUUCUCUCUCGCCGACAAUCCGUUAAAUUGUGAUUGUACUUUGUUAGAGUUUGCUAAUUGGCUGACAAACUCCAGCUUAACAGAAGAGGACAAGUCAUCGGCAGUGUGUGCGACACCACCUGCCUUGGAGAACGGUAUCUUGAUGCAAGUACCGCCAGGUAGUCUACUUUGCGGCGAGCCCACACCACCCAUAAUGACCCGGGAACAUCCGGCAGGUGCACAACUAAGUCUUAAAGAAUUUCACUACGAUGAAUCAACUGGUAUCAAUUUAUUAUGGCACGUGGAGCAGUGCACCGAACGUUACACUUGCGAUUCGCUUAUUGUCUAUGAAACAAUAGAUGAUAGCGAAAUUCAAACAGAGUCCAGCCCGCUACAUUGUGAUUCCCGAAUGAUGCGAGAUCCCUGUAUUCUACCAGUCACUAUACCGGUCUCUUUGCAUCUACAAUUGGGUCACAAAUAUCGUUAUUGUGUAGUUUUAUUGAUACCUAAUGUCUAUGAUGAUGUAUCCCUUGGUCUAGGUUGUAGCGAUGUCAUUGUUUUAGAAAAGACUCAGCAACGAAUAACAAUGGAAGAUCAAUACGUUAAAAAAGGGAAUUCUCGUUCUCCGACGUCCACGCAGAUAUCUCUUGAUUCCUAUUUACGGAUCACUGGUGUUCACGUGAAUGUAUCUGAUGAUAAAAGCUAUUUGCACAUCGACGUAAUUCUUUCCAAAACAAAAAGAGACACGGUCAUUGAUUCAUCAUCAACCUGCCAAUUAUCCAUCUUCGUAUUCAACGAGAUCUCCGUCGUGCAUCGACAGAGACUCAAUUGUAGCUUCGCAUCUAUCACCGAUGUGAAAGUGUCAUUGCCUGGUUAUUACAGGAUAUGCGCUAGUUUGGAUGAACUCACAAAUAUUAUCGUAAUGUCUGGCAACUUGGUAGAUGAUCGCGAGAGGUUUCGUUGCGUAGAAUUAGUUGAGCAGAGUUACGGCAGGCGGAACGUUGAGAUAGUCAUCAUUAUGGCCGUGAUCGCUGCUACUGGUGUUCUCCUUGUUAUCCUUGCCAUACUCGGCAGAAAUCUUGCAAGGCGUUUGCGACAUCCGAGGAUACAGGCGCAAUGCUUCCUGCCGGCCCAGGAGUUUGAAAUUACUCAUAAAGCUCAUUAUAUCAAACUCCUAGCAACGACAAAAGUUUAG